AUGGUAUAUAACUUCUGUGACGAGUAUGGGAGGCCAUAUGUUUUAAUACGCGAACAGGAAACACGGCAGAAAACUGAAGAAAAGAAUGUCCUAGCAGAAAACAUAGACAAUUUCUGUGGUAUUGUGGAUACGCUCAGUACAUCUGUAGGACCAUUUGGAGCAGACAAAGCAAUUAUAAGCGCAGAUGGUGAAGUAACCAUAACGAACGAUGGGGCUACAAUUCUGAAAGAAAUGGAUAUUGAGGGCACUCCAAUGGGAAAAUUAAUAACACAGCUUAGUACAGCACAGGAUGAUGAGAUAGGAGACGGAACAACUAGUGUGGUGAUAAUUGCGGCUUCUCUGCUGAAGGAGGCAAAAAAACUGGCUGCUAAAGGCAUGCACCCACUGAAAAUAAUCAGAGGGUAUGAAGAGGCUCUGAGUAUAGCUCUGGAUGUUAUAGAGAAGAAUUCAGUAGAGCCUAAGGAGAGUGACCUGCAUGAAAUAAUGGAAAAGGUAGCACAGAGUACACUAAGCAGUAAAGUAGUUAGCAGAGAUAUUGAGAACUACAUUCGUAUAGCAAUUGAGGCAGUUGAAGCAGUACAAGAUGCACGGGGUGAGACUAACUUAGAGUUAAUUAAGAUAGAGGGAGAGACCCGUAUGGGAGAGAGUGAACUAAUUAAAGGAGUAUACAUUUCAAAGGAGUUUAGCCACUUCCAAAUGGCAAAAGAAGUACCAAAUGCGAAAAUAGCUAUACUCGCGUGCCCAUUUGAACCACCUAAGGUAAAAAUCAAGCACGAUCUUAAUAUUACAUCUGUGGAAGAGUUCCAGGAACUGUCUGAGUACGAGAAAAAGAUAUUCUCAGAUAUGAUAGAAAGAAUAAAGCAGUCCGGUGCUACAGUUGUCCUGUGCCAGUGGGGAUUUGAUGAUGAAGCAAACUCUCUCCUCAUGCAAGAAGGUAUCUCUGCAGUGCGCUGGGUAGGAGCACAAGAGCUUGAAAUGGCGGCUAUACAUACAGGAGCACACAUAGUCUCCAGAUUUGAAGACUUAUCUGAAGACUCUCUGGGAAGUGGCAGUGUUAUUGAAGAAAACAACAGUAUACGAAUCAAGAACCCAGAAAAAACCAGUGCAGUAACUAUUCUUGUAAGAGGGGGAACAUCAGCUAUCAUUGAAGAAACAAAGAGGAGUAUACAGGAUGUCCUCUGCGCAGUAAGAAAUGUAAUAAGAGACCCAAAGGUAGUCAAAGGAGCCGGUGCAAUUGAUAUGCUCUGUGCAAAGACGGUCUCUGAGAAAAUGCCAGGUUCUAUAGGGAGUGCUUAUUCAAAGGCACUCCAAGAACUUCCCAUGGCACUUGCACGUAAUAUGGGAGAAGACCCCAUCACAAAAGUAUCUGAAGGAAUUGCUGAUAAUGUCUGGGAAGGAGCAUACUCAAAGAAACACCAAUUAAUUCUAUCAACACAAACAGCCAAGUCAAUUAUACGAAUUGAUGACGUCUUUGGAGUAUAAUAAUCCAAAUACCAGUAAUUCAGAAAUAUUUUACGAUUCUAAUUCUUUACAUCUUUAA